AUGGCGUUCAACCCUAGCGGAAACAUAGAGCUGGGCUCGGAGCUCUCAGAUGUUUUUACGGAUGAUGUCGGUUUCAAAGGCGUAUCCGGUGAUAGUAACGUUCAGCUCCUCCCGAUUCCCUGGCCUUCCGAUGCCCUUCCAGCCCCUUCCUGCUCGCUUUUAGCUGUCGCACCCACCAAAGGCAUCGUCGUCGGUGCCGGCCCGGACUCGCUCGCUAUAACUAGCUCCGAAUCAGUGCGAAAGGCUAUUUCCGCCCCGACCGGAGAAGAAAAGAUCCAGACGAAAUCGUUCCAACCGCAGACUACGAUCCCUUUGCCGGGGCGACCUACACAUGUGGCUUUCGCAUCAGGUGACAGUGCGUUGGUGUUGACGACGGAAAAUGGAGCACAAUUGUCAGUCUUCGAGACGGCGGGCUUAUUGCAAGGGAAUGCGCAACCGGCCUUGUCUAUCCCGACGAACGGCGCCACCUUCCGAGCUGUCGUGCCUAAUCCUAGCCCGGCCGGCGACGCCCACUCGAUGCUUGUUGCUCUCGUCACGGUGAAUGGUGAGCUUCUUAUGGCGGAUCUGAAGGGGGGUAAUCUCGUCGCGGGAUCUAAUGGUCCGAUCCUGAAAACCGGGGUUAGCUCGGUUUGUUGGAGUAACAAAGGCAAGCAACUGGUUGCUGGACUUGUGGACGGAACUGGAUAUCAGAUGGCCCCGGAUGGUGCGCAGAAAGAUGCUAUCCCACGUCCUCCUGACCUUGAAGGGGAAUGUCACAUCUCUUCUAUCGCUUGGCUUGAAAACGACAUUUUUUUAAUGAUCUACACACCUAAUGCAGCCGAAGAUGAUAUGGGACAGAAUCCACCGUCAUCCUACUAUAUCAUCACACGACGAAAGCAAGCACCUUUCUUGAUUCAGAAAAUGCCGGAAUUAUGCGGACCCUUUGGCUUUAAGCGCACGCCGGCCUAUCAGUUCAUUGGACGCCUGAGGGAUUACAAACCACACCUGAAAGACGUCCUUGUCAUCUCUUCGACCGCAUCUACCGACGUGGGCCUUGUAACCCGAGCCGAUAAGCCAUUGUCAAACGACGAAUCUGCCCAGGGUACCGUCAACCUUUUCACGACAACCGAAGUUAGUGAUGACACAAAGCGAGCAUCCCUUCCGUUGAAGGAUUCUGUUGACGAAACCUCUGUGAUCGGUUUGGGAAUUGACCUCACCAGCACUGAAAAGGUCGUGUCGCCCAUUCAAGGUGAAGACAUUCUCGAGAGCUCUACGCCCUUGCCGAACGUCCUACUUCUCAACAAUGACGGUAUUCUUUGCUCUUGGUGGUUCAUAUAUUCAGAUGCUAUCCGCCAGAACAUCCCUUAUCAAGGCCUGGCCCCUGCUGGCUCGCAACCGCAACCGGCACCACUACAAUCGCAGCCACAAGCACAACCUAAACCUCCAGCUCAGCCUCCGUUUGGACAGUCGGGAUUUGGCAGCCCCUCUGCUCUAGGUGUCAAUCCUUUUGGUAAACCCUCCACUACGCAGGGUUUUGGCAGCCCUUCGCCUCUGGGCGGCGGUAGUCAAGGCGCUGCUUUUGGGAAGUCCUCAUUCGGAACGCCGUCGGGGAUUGGAGGAAGCCCUUUUGGCAAGCCCAGUACCAUAGGACAAGGGACAUCACAAUUCGGAAAAACUGGACUCGGCUCGACGCCUGCAUUUGGCCAGCCGUCUUCAUUUGGCCAACCAUCGACUCCUGCCAAGAGUCUUGGUUCUAUUGGGAUUAACCCUAGUUCCGGCGGAGGAUUUGGUUCGUUUGCAAACGCUAGUGCUGGCGGCGGAUUUGCUAGCUUUGCUGCCACAAAACCGGGGGAAUCUUCUUUUGCUAAGCCAGCCGCCGCAUCGCCCUUUGGCCAAACUGCAAGCCAGUCUCCUUUUGCUAGCACAGCGGGCGAAUCCUCGUUUGGCAAGCCGGCGACGGGUGAGAGCCCGUUCGCAAAGCUGUCCGGCCCGUCUGCCUUUGGCCAGCCGGAUACAAAAACGGCUUUCCCGCCACCCAGCACGGACGCAUCGAAGGGUCUGGGUACAGGCAGCUUCCAACUUGGCUCUACGUUCAAGGGUGACGGUACUGCUGUAAACGAUGCUCCCAAACCUGACAAGCCUUCUGGUGGUGGAAUGUUCAAUUUGGGUACAUCCUUUGACGAGAUGGUGUCAACGCCUGGCAAGACCAGUCCGCCUGUUGAAUCUAUGGACGACAGGGAAGAUCUACCAGCAGAACAACCAGAGCCCGCCAAGCAAGCUGCACCACAACCAGCGCCCUCAUUGUUCGGACAGCCGCCUGCACCAGCAGCACCGUCCAUUUUCAAUGCUCCAAAACCAUCCGAACCAGCACCAGCACAAACCAACAAGUCUCCAUUCUCAAUGUUCGGACCUGGCGUUACUCAAAACAAACCUGCCAGCCCCUUCUCUCCUUUAUCCGAGAAAACUGCAACCCCCAAGAAGGAGUCGCCAAAGGAGACUCCCGUUGGCACACCAGCAGGAGAGCCACCAUUACCUCCUGACCCCACAAGCAGAGCAACCUACGGACCGGGCGAUACAUCUGCGUCAUCAAAUGUGUCCAAGGACUCGGCAGACGAGGCGCCUCUUCCACCAGACUUUGCCGCGAAACCAAAGCCAGCUGCUAAGGAAGAGGCUCCGCUUCCACCGGACUUCACUGCCAAGCCCAAGGCAUCAGAAAUCAAGAAAGAGGCGGAAGAGGCACCGUUGCCUCCUGAACCAGCCACUCCUACCUCUGUAGCGGGCCCCGCGGAGGAUGCAGAGGAAAGUCCUCUUCCUGAUGAGUCUGACGCAGAUGAGGAAGAGGAACCGGGGUCUGAAAGGGAAGGAGAGGAAGAAGAAGACGAGGAAGAAGAGGAAGAAGAACAGCAAGAAGAAGAGGAAGAAGAAGGCGAUGAGGAAGGAGAAGAAUCGGAUUUCGCUGACAGUGGGGAGGACGUUACUCAUGACAUCAGCCAAACCGAUUUCCAGAGCCCGAAGGCCUCGCUGGAAAGUUCCUUCGAAGAAAAAAGCCCCGCAGGUGGAUUGUUCACCAGGGUUUCGAGACCAGAGGAGCAGAAGCAACCUUCUAAAGGGCUAUUUGGAGAGAUCAACAAACAGCCCUUCUUCCCACCCAGAUCUCAAGCCAAGAUCGGAUCCCCACGGUCACCCAGUCCGAUGCGCGCAGCCCAUAAGGGUCCAUCUAAGCUUGACAGCUAUAAGCCUUCUGGUCCCCCCAAGGGCCCUGGAGAUGCUCUAGCUUCUCGGAAAGCAGCGCUUAAAGAGUCUAACCAGCGAAAACCUAAUGCUGCUGAGCUCGCUGCUCAAGAAGAGCAGGCCCGCUUGCAGGCCGAGGCGCAGCGCCAGGAGGAAGAAGCGCAGGCCCUUUCUGAUGACGACGAGGAUGAACGACUUCGUGCAGACCUUGCUCAGCCCCUGGAACCAGUGCCUACCCUUGACCCAUUCCUGCCCCACCAAGACUACUCUGGCGAGACAGCCAAACCUGGUAUUCCUGGGCAAAUCGAGAGACUGUACCGGGAUAUCAACUCCAUGGUGGAUACUUUAGGAAUCAACGCUCGCUCGUUGGCUUCUUUCUUGUUGUACCAGAAGGCGCCGCAGGAUGAUUCGGACUGGAUCGAGACGCUCAAGGGCGACAACCCGGCCGCUGUCCUGGAUGAGAAGCUCUUUCUCUCGCAGAUCGAGGAACUUGAUAAUGCAGUCGUUACGCUGGCCGGCUCUCUCCAAAAGCAACGAGUGCAGGGCGUGGAAGCGAAGCUCGACAGCUGCAGAGACCUCUUAGGUAAAGACAUUGUGGCUUUGCGGGGUCAAUGUGCCAGCAUUCGAAAGACACUCGAUGCACACGUCGACACCGCAGCUAUCCUCUCCGCACCUCUUUCCGCAGAACAAGCCAACCUUCAGCAAGACCUCCGAACAGCAUCCACCGCCCUCCAGGCCAGGUUAGCUGACCUGGAAGGAGGAGUAUCCCUCCUACGCGCUAAAAUCGCUGACGCCCCUCGCGCCGACGGAGCAGCCCCCGCAAAGCGCCCAACAGUCGAAGCCGUUACAUCCACCAUCGCCACAAUGAUGAACAUGGCCGAGAACAAGAGCGGCGACAUCGAUGUCCUUGAAGUCCAGCUCAAGAAACUAGGCAUCGACACCACCGCACCUUCUGUCAGCCGUAGCCGCGAGGGAUCACCGUUUACGACUCCCAGGAAGGGCAUGCGGACGUUCCCCACUACGCCGGGCUCUCGGGGGUCUCUCGACGGUAGUUUCAGCGCUUACCACACGCCAGAAUCUGCGUCGCGGAGCGUGAACUUCCGCUCCAGCAUUACCGGAUCUGCAGGAGUAAGCAGACUUCGUAAUGUCGAGGGCGUUGGCACUGAUGCUGGGGAUCUGGUUGGUAAGCAGGAAAGUGAGCGGUGGAAGGCCAAGAAUACUCGCAGACAACAUCUUGUGGGUAACUUGAAGAAGGCUAUUGGCGAGAAGAAAGAAAAAGUGAGAGGUGUGGAGGAUAUGUAG